GCCAGACUUGGACGCAACUUCGCCCGAUCUCCCCCGCUUUUCCCAUCUCCCGCUUCAGCACCUCCGACUCGAGGUCAGUGCCAAGAAACGGAGCAGAAUGUCCCAUCCCCAAGCCCCUCCCGUGUCUGGCUCUGGGCCACCGCCAGCGGGAGGCUGGUCUGCCGGGACCCCGCCUGCUCCUUAUCAGCAGCCGCCGCCUCAGGGGCAGGGCCAGUGGCAACAGCCCCCUCAGCAGCAGCCGUCGCCGUACCAGCCUUAUAACCAGCAGCCGCAGCCGCAGCCUGCACCGCACGCCUAUGGGCAGCCGUACCAACACCAACCUCCCGCACUGGGGCAUACCCCCUCGCCUCUGGGGGCUCAGACUCCAUACGGCCAGCCCCCCGCAGGUUCUCCGGGACAGCCACCGACCGGAGCUCCGGCCGCCACUCCUCCCGGGCCCGGUGGGGCUCCCCACUCUGCUGGAUUCGCUCCCGGGGUCGGCGGCCCGGCGAAUGGCCCUCCACCCCAGGGAUAUGUGGCACAGGGAUAUCCAGGCGCCGUGCCGCAGCAGGGAGGCCUGAUGGGACAAGUUAACCAGGCGUUCGUGAGCGGAAUGCCUUACAUACAGACCUUCGGCAGCAAACUGACGGGCAAAUUCAACCGCAUAACGGGCCAUGCAAGUGCCUAUCAACAACCACCAGCCCCUGGCAUGUACGGCCAGCCAGGGGGCUAUGGUCAGCCAGCUUACGGGCAUCCACAGCAGCAUCAACAACAACCAGGCCAGAUCCCCAUGCAGCAGACGCAGCCGCCGCCGCAUCAGCAGCAACAGCAGUCGCCGUCGCCGCAUCAGCAACAGCAACAGCAACAGCAGCAGUCGCCGCCGCCGUAUCAGCAGCAGCAACAGCCCGGCCCGCACAACCAGCCGGUACAGUCGCCGCCGCCCCAUCAGCAGCAGCAGCCUGGUUCGUACAGCCAGCCAGUCCAGUCAGCACCACCGCAUCAGCAGCAGCCCAUCCCCUAUAACCAAGCUCCCUCUCCGUACCCACCCACUCAGCCUACCGCUUCGGCACCCGCCGUGUCCCCGCCUCCGGCAUCUACACCGGCCGCGGACCCCCUAAUGCCUUCCAUGAGUGCACUGAGCCUCGGUGCUUCCGCCGCAGCAAGCACUCCACCUCCCUACUCUCCAUAUGCACCUAUGCCCGCGCCUACGACUCCACCUGCCCCUGUGACAACACUACCGCGGGCGGCGAGCCAGACGUGGUAUCUUGUGGACCCUGCGUCACAGCAACCAACUCCCGAGUUCCGCGCCGUUGCUGCGUUAAUGUUCGAUUCUCUGAACGCCCAAGGAAGCCAGCAAGGCUUUGUGGAUGCUUCCAAGAUCCUUGGCGCCUGGCAGGCAAACGGACUCGACGCACAGUGGGUCGACCUGUUCGCAUACGACAACUAUCACUCCUUCUCUCUCAUGUGGUCACUUUCAGAGAUCCCUCACGUUCUAAUCCCCCGGACACCCUCGCUUGUACCCCGGGCAGCAUCGCUGGGAUCAACCCCAUCAGGUCCAGCGGCGACAACUCCAUCUGCGCCAUUGACGAUCCCUGCUGACCCAGGCAGUGGAAAGUUCAACAAUGCGCUACCACCGGCGUAUGUACCAGCGUUAACGGUAGGUGGUUACACACACUCUUUAUUCUUGGAUUUUUUCGACGAUCCCGCCUCCCUUCCAAACCUUGUUCGCAAACAGGUCGGCAUCGCUGGCUACUCGGACCAUCGUUUGCGGAAUCACACACUCCCGGACCUGGAUGCGUAUGAUGCAUCGGUGCCAGCGGAUCUACAGAGCCGCGCUAAGUCCGUCCGCGCAGCCGCCGUGGAAAGAGCCAUGGCCGAGGUUGCCAAGCGCAGGUCUGGAGCCCCCACUGCCCCAUACGUGUCGUGAGUCGGGUUCGCUGCUAGGGCAAGUCCUCCAGGACCACCAGACACGAGGGAGGAUGGAGUAGUCGAGACGCCAUCUCUCUUCGUUGGGCGAGGUGCUCGUGUGUGUGGACACAACGAACGAUAUGAGAUCCCAGGACAGCUACAUCGGGACAGCUAUAUCGGGGCCGUUGGCAGACAUGUGACGUUUGAUAGAUUCAGGACGAGAAUAUCGAUUGCGGGGACAAUAUUCGAGAAUACGGAAUCCAUGCGCAAUGGUUGCGGAUCAAUGAGGCAAAGUUGGAUCGAACGCAGAUCUACCAGGCCGACGGCGGUUUUGCACGGUGUCACUUGACAACCGGGUCUCGGUCUCGGCAUGCGCGCCAGCGACCCUGGUCAGCCCACCUGCUGUGGUGCUGUGGGAGCUCUAGGGUUAACGAGGCAUUGCACUUGAUUCGGGCGCGUCUACGUCUGCUGUCGCAUGCAAAAAACCCAGACCCUUUCAGCGUCGAUUCUGCUGCCACUGGGCUGCUGCAGCGCUCUUGGUUCUCGGUCCAGGACCACCCCAUUCCUGUCCAAUCCGGCGCCACAGCUGAACCGGCGAGAAAACAGUGGCAUGCUUGGCGCGCAUUGCCAGGACUGGCAAAACCGGGGUGAUGAAAAACCAUGAGAAAGUCAAGUGGGUGGAAGUUCAGUGCGUUUGCUGACAGGAGCGCGUGUCUCGCGUGCGCCUCGUAUCGAUUAGCAGAUGGGCCGGCCUCUUACAAAUGUGACAAAGGACGGGAUCCUUCAAACCAAGUCUCUGUGCAUGCCGGGACGGGAUGACAGGGGCAGACAGUCAUUCGGCAAGAUCGGCAUGACCCAAAAGGAAUAAACGCGAUCAAACACGAAGGCCGACCUAUUAAUAUCUCGGACAGAAUGGUGGCUUAAGGCCUGGGCCGGGGAUGGAGGGUCCCGGCUCCGCGAGCGACCAACAAGCGACCAAGCGAGAGGCCUCGCAAUGGAUACCUGGGACUCGCGAUGAGCUGGCACCAACCUCCAAAAAAAAAAUCCGCACACGUAAAUAAAAGGGGCACACUUUGAAGCCAAUUUACUCACAACAAAUAAUAGCCAGCGCCUAUUUUUUUAUAUGCUAUCUAAUGGGCAGUUAUUUUCCCUAC